CUAAAAUCCACAGUAUACUUUAGCUCGCAUUCCAAACAUGGCCUUCUCUGCCGCCACCACGAAAACGUCAGCCCCAUUGCUCCCAAAGCCGACCGGUGCCGCCGCCUCCGCCUCCUCCUCCUCCUUGCGCCACCUACCUCUGAAACUGAACAAAUUCACGACGCGCCCAGCCAAGGCACCUGCGGUUUUCUGCACUCUCACCGCAGGAUCUCUAAAGCAGCAAAUGGAGGCUCGGGAGGCGUCUGAACUGACUUUCCUUCAACGCCCCGAUUCGUUCGGCCGGUUCGGCAAGUUCGGCGGGAAGUAUGUCCCCGAAACGCUAAUGUACGCUCUCGAUGAGCUCGAGACCGCGUUCAAGGCCAUCUCCGUCGAUGACGCUUUUCAGAAAGAGCUGGAUGGAAUCUUGCGUGACUAUGUUGGGAGAGAGAGCCCUCUGUAUUUUGCAGAACGGCUUACUGAGCACUAUAAGCGACCUAAUGGUGAAGGACCACUCAUCUACCUCAAGAGGGAAGAUCUGAACCACACUGGGGCACACAAAAUCAAUAAUGCUGUUGCUCAAGCCUUGCUUGCAAAGCGGUUGGGCAAGAAACGCAUUAUAGCUGAGACAGGAGCUGGUCAGCAUGGUGUUGCCACUGCAACUGUUUGUGCUCGCUUUGGCUUAGAAUGUGUAAUCUAUAUGGGUGCUCAGGAUAUGGAGAGACAAGCACUAAAUGUCUUCAGGAUGCGACUUCUUGGUGCUGAGGUUAGACCAGUCCAUUCUGGAACAGCCACACUCAAGGAUGCUACAUCAGAAGCUAUUCGGGAUUGGGUUACCAAUGUUGAAACAACUCAUUACAUCCUGGGAUCUGUUGCCGGGCCGCACCCAUAUCCCAUGAUGGUUAGAGACUUUCAUGCAGUGAUUGGCAAAGAAACAAGAAGGCAAGCAUUGGAAAAAUGGGGUGGGAAGCCCGAUGUGCUUGUUGCAUGUGUUGGUGGAGGUUCUAAUGCUAUGGGACUAUUUCAUGAGUUUAUUGAUGAUGAAGAUGUGAGGUUGAUUGGCGUGGAGGCUGCCGGUUUUGGUUUAGAUAGUGGCAAACACGCUGCUACUUUAACAAAGGGAGAGGUUGGAGUGCUACAUGGAGCUAUGAGCUAUCUGCUUCAGGAUGAUGAUGGGCAGAUAGUUGAGCCACAUUCCAUUAGUGCUGGGUUGGAUUAUCCUGGAGUUGGACCCGAGCAUAGCUUUCUGAAAGACCUUGGACGAGCUGAAUACUAUAGCAUCACUGAUGAAGAGGCUUUAGAAGCAUUCAAGAGAUUAUCUCGGCUAGAAGGCAUUAUUCCUGCAUUGGAGACAUCACAUGCGUUGGCUUAUCUAGAGAAACUGUGCCCAACUCUGCCAGAUGGCACUAAGGUUGUACUUAACUGCAGUGGCAGAGGAGAUAAGGAUGUUCACACUGCUAUCAAAUACUUGGAGGUUUGAUCGAUGGCGCUUUUUGUUGUUAGACAGGGCUGCAUGUGGUUGUGAAAACAAAUUUUGUUUCUUGAACAAUUCAUAUAGAGCAUGAUCUGAUAAUAUUUGCAUCAACAAAAUGUUUCUUAUAAGGCAGCAGACUUGCAUGAACUUUCAUUUAGUUGCAAAGUCUUUUUAUUCCCAUGAUA